AUGCCGCCGCGCCCGAAACCGCGGAAGCGACCGAAAAGGGGCUUCUACGCCGCCUACGCCGAGAGCUCCGAGCCGGCGCCGACACCAGCGCCACGACGGACAAAGAAGCCUGUCGCGCCGUCGGGGAACUGUCCCAUUUGUUACGAGACGCUGUCGGCGGACGCGACGGUCUUCGAGUGCUCCCACGCGAUGUGCGCGUCGUGCGCGGGCUCCUACGCGAAGUCCGAAGUGCAGCGAUCGAUGAGCCGCCGCAGCGGCGUUUCGGUGGCGUGCCCGCUCUGCCGCGCGCCGUCGAAGGUCGCCCUGCCCGGGGAGAUGCACACCUCGGUACCCUGA